AACAGAUUUCUCAAGCAAAAUCUCAAGCAAAUUGAAAAAGAAAAUUAAUACUCUAGACCAUGUUUCGCCAAGCUCUCCUCCUCUCUACGCUAGUAAUCCUAGCAACCAUUCAAGGCAACCAAGCCGUCGAGUACACAGUCACCAAUACCGCCGGCUCAACAGCCGGCGGGGCACGCUUCGCCGCUGAAAUCGGUGAAGAUUACAGCAAACAAACGCUAUCUGCAGCAACAGAUUUCAUAUGGAGGGUGUUUCAACAACCCAAUGCAGAAGACAGAAAAGCUGUGGACAAGGUCAGCUUGUUCAUCGACGACAUGGAUGGAGUUGCUUAUGCUAUAAACAACGAAAUCCAUUUCAGCGCAAAUUACAUCGGAAAUUACACGGGUGAUCUGAAAAGGGAAUACACAGGUGUUCUUUACCAUGAAAUGACCCACAUCUGGCAAUGGAAUGGUAAUGGGCAAACCCCAGGUGGGUUGAUUGAAGGAGUUGCUGAUUUUGUGAGGUUGAAGGCUAACUAUGCUCCGAGCCACUGGGUGCAGCCUGGACAGGGUGACAGGUGGGAUCAAGGGUAUGAUGUUACAGCCAGGUUUUUGGACUACUGUAAUGAUCUGAGAAAUGGGUUCGUGGCUGAACUUAACAAGAAGAUGAGAGAUGGUUAUGGUGAUCAGUACUUUGUUGAUCUGCUAGGGAAGACUGUUGAUCAGCUUUGGAGUGAUUACAAGGCUAAAUAUGCACAAUAGGGUUGUUUGGAUUUUGAAGAAAAUAAAAACUUUUUAUUUCUGUUUGCAUGAUUAAUAUAUGUAUUGAUUAAACCUUUGUGCAAUCUUUAUGAAAUAUAUUUAAAU